AUGAAUCAGAUCGUUGUUGAUGAAGAAGAGGAUAUGGGCGAUGUUGUAUCGGCACGUCCAAGACGUGUGUCCGAGUUGACGCAAAUGAAACAACAGAAACCAAUCCCGAAAGCGUCGUCACUCUUCAUUCUU